GGGUGACCCCACACACAGGGUGACCCCCUGUAGGGUCACACCCCCGUCCACGGUGACCCCUCCUCUCUGCGCGGCCACCAUGGACCUCCUCCCCGCUAGGGGGCACUCUCUUCUCCCCGAAACGCUCUUCUUCCUCCCCUGGUCUCUGCUCCACUUCCGGCGGCGCCUCACCCCCGCCGCUCAUUUCCGCUUCCGGCGUCUCUUUUUCGCUGCCGCCGCCGAGGCCGGGAAAACCGCGCGCGCUCGGGACGCUUCCGGUCCCACUUCCGCUUCCGGUGGGGCAGCCGGGGCCGGCUGAGGGGAGCGAAGCGGCGGCGGCGGCUCCGGGACCUGGACCGAGCCCGGGGCCGGCUGAGGGCAGCGGCGGCGGCUCCGGGGCCUGAACGGCUCCCGGACCCUGCUCCUCUCCCUCCCGUUGCCCUCCCGCCGGACCCCGCCGCCGCCGGGCCUUUCCCGGUGCCCAUUGCCGCCGGUCGUGCCGGUGCCCGGAGGCGAAGCCCCCGAUGAGGAUGGAGGCCCGGGAGGCGGUGCGGGCCCGGCCCGGCCCGGCCUUCCCGAGCAAGUUUUUCCCCCCCAAACUCAGCAGCUUCUCCUGCCCAGCUGGGAACUCCUCCUGCUCUCUCAGCUACGCCCCAGAAACUCCUGGUGAGAGAUUCCCGGGAGCCAACGGGCAGUGGAGGAGCUCCAAGCCCCGGGGGAGCCGAGCCUCCUUCCUGGAAACCCGGAAAACUUCCAGCGGGAAUUCCGGCACUUUUGUGGGAAAAUCCGCCCUCCAUGGAGCUUCUUUUCCCCUCAAGCCGGCCCCGAGCCCCUCCUGGAGCCGCCGCAGCCCCAAGAAGGCCCCGCGGCGCUUCCUGAGCGCAGCCGAGGAGACGGUGCGGGAAGAGGAGCGGGAGAUUUACCGGCAGCUGCUGCAGAUGGUGACCGGCAAGAGAUUCUCCAGCUCCAAACCCUCCCCCCUGCUCCCCUUCCACCUCUCCCGCUGUCCCCGUUCCGGCCCCUCCUUGCCCCAGGAGGCUCCCAGGGAUGAUCCCGAGGCGCUGGAAAUUCCCAAAAUUUCAGGUCCACUCCCACGUCCCCCAGAGCCACCCCGGAAUUCCCAAAAUCCCCCCCUGGGCCCCUCUCCAGGGUAUCCCGGGGGGUUCCAGCCCCAAAAUUCCACAGUCCAAGAGCAGCAGGAGGAGCAGGCGGCAUCCAGUGCACACACUGAAGGGUCGGAUUCCGUCAUUUUGCUCAAGGUCAAGGAUUCCAGGACUCCAGCCCCGAGCCUCCCCUUUUUCCAGGCUGAGCUAUGGAUCAAAGAGCUGACCAGCGUCUACGAUUCCCGAGCCAGGGAGAGGUGGAGGCAAAUCGAGGAGCAGAAAGCUCUGGCCCUGCAGCUCCAGAGCCAGCGCCUCCAGGAGCGGCAGCGCUCGGGGCAGGAGCUGGUGGAGCUGCAGCUGCGGGUGCCCCUGGAGAAGGAGAUCCCGGUGACGGCGGCGCCGCAGGGGCCCGAGCGCGGCCGGGAGCCCGAGGGCGACGAGGAAUUCCCGGAGAUCACCGAGGAAAUGGAGAAGGAAAUCAAGAGCCUUUUCCGAGGAGGGAACCAGGACGAGGUGCUGAGCGAGGCUUUCCGGCUCACCAUCACCAGGAAGGACAUCCAGACCCUCAACAACCUCAACUGGCUCAACGAUGAGAUCAUCAAUUUCUACAUGAAUUUGCUGAUGGAGAGGAGCAAGGAGAAGGAUUUGCCUGCAGUCCACGCCUUCAACACCUUUUUCUUCACCAAAUUAAAGACUGCAGGGUACCAGGCUGUGAAAAGAUGGACAAAAAAAGUGGAUAUCUUCUCCGUGGAUCUUCUCCUGGUGCCCAUCCACCUGGGAGUGCACUGGUGCCUGGCCGUGGUGGACUUCAGGAAAAAAACCAUCACCUACUACGAUUCCAUGGGGGGGAUCAACAGCGAGGCCUGCAGGAUCCUGCUGCAGUACCUGAAACAGGAAAGUUUGGAUAAGAAAAGGAAGGAAUUCGACACCAAUGGAUGGGCCCUGCUAAGCAAGAAGAGCCAGGAGAUCCCGCAGCAGAUGAACGGCAGCGACUGCGGGAUGUUCGCCUGCCGCUACGCCGAGUGCAUCUCCAAGGACAAACCCAUCAACUUCACCCAGCAACACAUGCCCUACUUCCGGAAGAGGAUGGCCUGGGAAAUCCUGCACAGGAAGCUCCUCUGAUGCUGGAAAAAUCCUGAAAUUCCACGGAUUUGGAUCAGAAAAAUCCCGGGAUUCUCCUCGGGACGCAGCCAAGGAACUCCGGGUCCUGCUCUUCCCAAAAAAACCCCCUGGGUUUGGGGGGAAUAGAAAAGUUUGGAAGCACAGUUGGGAUUUUUUGGAGGUUUUUUCCCUCUUUUUUGCGAUUCCAGGAUGGAUUUUCCCACCUUUCUGGCUGCUGGGAUGGGGGAGAUUUGGGAAUUUUGGGCUUUUUGGAGCUAGAUUUUUGGGAAAAGGGAGGCGCUUCCGUGGAUUUGGGUUGGGAAAAUCCGGAUUUGGGAAAAGCGAGGGAAGGCUUUGGUUCUGAAGGGAACUUCUGGAAAUCAUUCCCAUUUUUUUCCACCUCAUUCCCAAAGUUUGGGGAUUUUAUCCAUGGGAAAACCUGGAUUGGGAACCCUGGGAAUAAGUCCUGCUUAAAUCCCAUUUUUUCCCAAUUUUUCUUCCCAAAUUCCCUCUUUUCAGCACAGUUUUUUUCUGGGAUGAAGCUCCGGAAUGCUGGAAUUCCUCCGGAUUUAUUCCCAAAUUUCGCAUUUCCGAGGGAUAAACCCCAAAACCUGAGCAAAAUCCUGGAUUUUUGGGGAAUUUUUGAGAAUUUUCGCCUCCCUUUGGAGCUGCUUCAUGCCCGCAGCUCCCGUUGCUUUUUCCAGCUGCUUUUCCCACUUUUUCCUGGAAAAAAACCUUCCCAAAUCCCAGGAACUGCAGCAACGACAGGAAAAGCUCCAAAAUCCUGGGAAUUCCUUCAAUUUUUCCCCAAAAAACCAGGAUUUAUCUGGGGAGCUUUUCCAAAAAAAAAAAAAAGGGAUUUUGAGGCCUUUCCCUGGAUUAAUUUAUUCCUGAUUUUUUUUUUGGAGCUUCCCAAGCCUCUGGAUCUGCUGUUCCUGGUGGAAAAGAAGAUUUUUAAGAAGAAAAGUGGGAAAAAAUCCCAAAUUUUUGUAUUUUCCCUCUCCCAUGGGAGCAGGGAAUUUUUUCUAUUUUUCCCAAGCUGGGAGCCGAAGUUUUGUACUGAAUUCCCAAAUUUUUGGAGCCCUUUUUCCUGGUUUUUCCUGGCCCUUUGUGUCCCUUUGUCUCAAACCAGGACAGAUCCUAAAUUCCCGCCCGUUUUAUACCGGAUUCGUUUCCUACUUUUUUUAUCUUUUAUUGGAAUUAAAGCUCUGGGAAAAAAACCUA